GACGUGCCACACGCGGUCUUCCACUGUUACUAUACAAGCCGAACGAUGAAACGCGCCGAGAUACAUACUAAGGCAGAAAAAAAAUUUACCAUCAUGCUGUUCUUCGGGCUUCUGGUUUUAAGUGCCACAGCUUCAGCGAGCUCGUGUCCCAUCGACCCAACAUUCCCAUCAUGUUUCAAACUGGGCGCAUCCACUGCAGCUUAUCAGAUAGAAGGGGCUUGGAAUGUUAGCGAUAAAAGUGUUAGUAUUUGGGACAACUUCACUCAUAGAGUACCGAGAGUGACCGUAGAUAACAGCACGGGAGAUGUCGCGUGCGAUUCGUACAACCUGUGGCAGCGGGACGUAGAAAUGGCGGCUGAGAUGGGCCUGGACUACUACAGAUUCUCUAUAUCCUGGCCUCGCUUACUGCCGAAAGGUUACGAUUACUAUGUGAGCAAAGAUGGCGCUGAGUACUACAAUAAUUUGAUAAAUGGCCUCCUGGAGCGUGGAAUUGAACCGGUUGUGACGCUGUACCACUGGGACCUGCCAGAUAUCCUGCAGCAGUUAGGUGGAUGGACUAACCCUUUGACAGCAGAUUGGUUCGCGAACUACGCUCGCAUUGUCUUCGAUCUCUACGGAGACCGAGUCAAAACCUGGAUAACCAUAAACGAACCUAUCGUGGUAUGCGAUGCUGCCUACGCCGCGGGGUAUACCGCUCCAGGAAUCAAAGAGCCUUAUUCAGGAGUAUUCGUUUGCACGAAGAAUGUUCUCCUAGGCCACGCUAAAGCAUGGAGGAUUUAUGACAAAGAGUUCCGACAUUUGUAUGAUGGAAAAGUGUCAAUUUCAAAUCACAUGAUAUGGUUCGAGCCAAAAACAAAAGCCGACGAAGCAUUGAACGAAUUGGCAAUGCAAUAUAUAAACGGAAGGUACGCCCAUGCCAUUUAUUCAGAAGAAGGAGGCUGGCCAUCAUCCCUGGAGAAGUACAUGGCAGAAUAUUCUGCCAAGCAGGGCUACCCUCGUUCCCGGCUGCCUGUCUUUACGGAAUAUGAAAAAACAUUGGUCAGAGGGACCUUUGACUUUAUAGCAGUAAAUUAUUACACCACUAAGUUAAUUCGUCCGGCGCGAGAGGGCGAGGUGGUUAACGACCUCUUUGUCUCUGGAAUACCGGAUCUGAACGCGGUCAUGGAGUCGCCUCCAACUGCUACGUACGGUUAUUCGACGCUAAUGUCUAUCUAUCCCAAAGGACUGCGCAGGAUACUUGGCUGGUUGAAGGACACGUAUGGAGACCAUGAGAUGAUGUUAACUGAGAACGGAUUCUCUUCUUCAGGGAGCGAGUUAAAUGACCAAGAGCGGAUCGACUUCAUAAGAAACCAUUUGGAGCAGCUACUUCUGGCAAUGAAGGUGGACCAUAUUAAUGUGUCAGGGUAUACGCAUUGGUCACUUAUGGACAACUUCGAGUGGUUAGACGGAUACACAUCAAAAUUCGGGCUGUACGAAGUUAAUUUCACGGAUCCCAUGCGCGAGCGCACGCCACGAGCUUCUGCAAACUAUUAUUCUAAAAUUAUUAAACAAAGGAAACUAGAUAUAUGCUGUUAAAAUACUAAAAACCUGGUAUUGUUUUUAUAAAGUGGAUUUAAUGUUUUUAAUAAUAUAAUAAAAUUUAUCUAUGCGGCAAAUAAA